AUGAGAUCAGGAAUUAACCGAGUCAUGUCUAACCUCCCUCCUCUCUCGCCCGACGGGAAGUGGGUUAAACGGCCUAUGAUAGGCUGUAUUGGCGCUAGCCUUCCAUGUGCAUCAUUCCAACAAAUCUGCUCAGACUUCUUCGAUGCGAGAACGACUGCUGUUUUAUCUGAAUAUGUCACGUCCGGAUAUCGACUAGAAAUCCGCAGUCGGCCGCAAUCAACAUUGAGAUUGGCCAAGUGUCCUUGUACGAAUCGAACUGGCCCAAGUCUAUACACAAUGGCCGCCUACAUCCUGUCACAAGUUUAUUGCGGGCACCAAUUAGAUCAGCGUCGCCUCGACUCCCUUCGAAGUUCAGUCCCAUCGCUGGAUGUUUUUGGUACCACACCUCGCUCGCAAUCUUAUACGUGCAAUGCCACGCAGGCUCGUCUCGACUCCCUACAAAGUCCAGUCCCUCCACCAGAUGUUUUUGGCACCACUUCGAGCCCACAAUCUUAUAUGUGCAAUGCGACCGAUCUAAUCGCACAAAGCACUCCACACAAAUCCCUCUCAGAGCCUGAUGACCUCCCGAAAAUAGGAAGUUUUACACAGCACAAGUGCUUUGAAAAUAUCUUUGAAGGUGAAGAAGAACACUGUCUUUAUGUUGACACCGACUUCUCCGAUGGAAGAGGAAUGUCGAUCCUCACGCGCCCAUCAAUCCUCAAAGAAGAUAUCUCUGAACUCCCGAUCUUCAAAUCGAAAGCUUUUGUGGUCACUCAAGCAGAGCGCGAAUCAGUGGCAUACAACGUCACCCCGAUCGUCGCGAAGGGUAAUGGUGCCCUUGCUACACGUCAAAUUCUCAAAGGUGAACUGAUCAACUCAGAUCAUGCUGCCGCUGUCAUCAUCAUGGAAUUCGCAGCUUUCCGUCGCCGCGACUUUGAUGAUAUUUGUGUCUCGGCUUUUGAUUUGUUACCCGCGCCUACCGAAUCAAGUCUCAGGAAGUUGCACGGAGUCGGUCAUAACAAAACAGAUCGUGUCCGUACAGCCAUUCAACGUAAUGCGUUUGGGUCUCACCGCGGUCGUGAGGAGGUGCUUCACUAUGCAGUUGUACCUGAACCUUCAGUAUUCAACCAUGAAUGUCGUCCCAAUUCGGCUUUCUAUUUCGAUGAUAAAACCCUGCGAGUCUACGCACACGCCGUUCGGGACAUUGCCUUAGGGGAAGAGAUUACGAUUGCGUACCGUGCUAUGAAAGCAUCCAGAGCGGGCCGACAAGCCGCGAUUGCACAUUACGGCUUCUCAUGUACAUGUAGUCAUUGUAGCAUGUCUGAUGAAGAGUCCAGAGCGUCCGACCAGCGCAUCGAAGAAAUUGACGCCAUUCUGGCUCAUCUAGACGACUAUACCUACAAAUCCAAAGCUAAUCUAGAUACAGCAGAUAGGCUGAUUCAACUCUACCACGAGGAACGGCUUGACGGCCUAAUGGCAGAAGCUUAUACGCUUGCCACAAUGACAUACAAUUCAUUUGGAGAAAUAGAAGGAGUUAAGAAACAUGCCGCCUUAGCUCGGUCCGCUGGAAUCCUUGUCGCUGGACCUGAAUGGUCUGAGUUACCUGCAAUUGAGGAGUUCUUGGAACAUCCUCAGACACAUUGGACUUAUAACACACGUCAAGGUAUGCGUUCGAGGCAGAAAUCGAAUCAGUUAGAAGAGCCUUGA